AUGAUGAUGUUGAUGAUGAAGAUAAUGCAGCUGAUGAUGCCGUUUUCAUUGUUUUGGGUUGUUGUUGUUGUAGAUUAUGAGAAUGUUGAUGAUGAUGAAGAUGAUUUUCAGAUAGACUGUAAAGAAAUAUUGGAAUUGGACAGGUCUGCCAUAAGUGGUUUUUAUGAAAUAAGACUUCGUAACUCAGAAAAGACAAACUCAGAAAAGAAACAAGUUUAUUGUGACAUGAAAACAGAUGGCGGUGGCUGGACGGUUUUCCAAAACCGGUUUGAUGGCUCGGUUGACUUUGCCAAAACAAAGUUAAAAUUGUACGAAGACGGAUUUGGGGACGUUAAUGGCGAAUACUGGCUUGGUCUACGGUAUAUUCAAGAACUGACAGAAUCACCGACAGAAUUUUGGUAUAGUAUAUCAGUUACGAGCGGAGAGACAGCGCAUGAAAAGUAUGAUCGUUUUGAACUCGUUGGUAAAACGUACAGACUAUCCAUAGAUGUGCAACCCGUAGAGAAAUCAGGUUUGGCGAACACUGGAAUGGUUUUCGGAUCCUUGGAUGCAACUGAAUUUGGGGUCUAUGAUCCGGCAAUGAAUGGAGCCUGUGGCGGAUGGUGGGGCUUUGGUUAUAAUUGUAUUAUGUUAAACUUCAACAAGGGGUACAACGAAGCUGAGUGGUACUACAAUGCAGUUAAAAGCAAGUUAAACACUUCGCGAAUGAUGCUACGAAGAAAAUAG